AUGGGGGCGCGGCUGGGGCGGCGGGCAAAGGCAGAUGCCCCUGCGGCGGCUGGCGCCGGGCCCGCGCCCUACGAGCGCCGGGUGCGCUGGCUGCGAGAGAUCCAGUCCACGCUACGCGAGCGGCGGCCGGAGCGCGCUCGGCAGCUGCUGCGCCUCCUGCGCCAGGACCUGGGGCUUGAAGGGAACCUCCUCACUGACAUCCUCUACAGGAAUGUGACUUUCCUUAACCUGGUGGACCCAAUCACCCAUGACCUGCUGGUGAACCUGGCCCGGGACCUGCAGUGCCCCAAGAAGGACCACGAACUCUGGAAGUCCUCGGAUAAGAUCUGUCGGCAGCUCAUCUACCACCUCACUCCUCACUCCAAGAAAAAGCCCCACAGGAAACCCCAGAGCAGCCUCAAGAGCGGCCUCCAGAAGACCCUGCUGGUAGGGGAGACCGUGGACCUUUCUGGCAUCCCACUAUCAACUCGAGAUGUGCAGCACAUAGCACGCUACCUGGGCAGCCACGGUGCUGAGCUAGUGGUCUUAGACCUGAGCUUCACGGAGUUGAGCGACGAGCUGCUGCAUCUGCUGCUACCCAGCCUCUCGGCGCUGCCCCGCCUCACCCAGCUGUUACUCAACGGCAAUCGGCUGACGAGAGCCGCUGCCCGAGAACUCACCGAGGCCAUCAAGGACACCACUAGAUUCCCUGUGUUGGCCUGGGUAGAUCUGGGUAACAAUGUGGACGUGUCCUCACUUCCUCAGCCUCUGCUGGUUGGCCUGCGACGGCGGCUGAGUCAGCACACCUCACUCCCUACCAUCUACGAGGGCCUGGACCUCGAGUCUGGGGGUGGCAUGGCUGGGACUGCUACUGUCUCCACCUGGGGCUCUGCAGCUACAGAGCCGGGACCAGAGCCUCAGGGCUGUUGUGUCAGGUGACUUACUACUGAUCUGGCUCACUGCUACUGACUGAGGUAUUU